AUGUAUGUGGAGGAAAUUGUGGAGGAUAAUAUUGGGAGUGCGGAGAUGGAUGCGGCGAUCCAGGCUGGGAGUUAUGGAAUUGUGGAGGAUUGGGGCCAGGGUGAAAUGGUGGCUCCCAUUGCAAAGGAGGAGGACCAAGUUGAGGCGAAUGAGCCUGACUUUGUAAAGGAGACGGACCAUGAGGGCCAUGACUGCCAUGACUGCCAGAUCUUUGAUGAGCCAUGGGUGGCGCCCCAUGUUGCGUGCCAUUUCGAGGUUGCUGUUCCGUGA